AUGUCUUCGUGCGGAGUGAAGAUUAUCGGAACGCCCGUUCCGCGGAUUCAAGUCGCAAAAGAGGAUGACUUUGAACAAUGGUACGAGGAGAUCCUAGUUAAGGGCGACAUGGUGGAUCAGGAUCCUAUCUCCAAGUGCUUGAUUCUUAAGGUAUGCUUGCCUCCAUUAUCAUCAGCCAUGGGCCCUGCCGGCUGCGUGCUCGAUCUGGGAGAGAGAGUGAAAGCUUGGAUGAACUGCCAACUGGAGGCUAUUGGAGUACAGAGCUAUUACAUCCCUCCUGUUGCCUUGGACAUUGAAACCGAAGCGACCGCGGGGACCACCGGAAACAAGCCGUCUAAGGAAUCUGUCGUCCAAGCGUGCUGCAAGGAAUGGAUUAAACGCUACCAGGAUUUGCCUUUCGGGUUGAAUCACUGGGGCAUGGGAUGCCGAAUGGGACAGGAUCCCGAGUUACUUCUCCGAACCAGUAUCGUUUUAGGAUAUAUUCCUGGGAUCAAUCAGUGCGUUGAAGGUGCGACAUGUCAUGAAUUAGGCCAAGGGCUCAGCAAGAAAUAUGAUAUUGCAGUCGAGGAUCGGUCGACAGAUACAAUGCCGCCACUGCAUGUGUGGCAGAAUACAUGUCGUCUCUCUGCUCGAGCUAUCGGGUUGACGAUAGCAGUGCAUGGGGAUAACCGUGGCCUUAUUAUUUCUCCACGUGUAGCCAAGACUCAGGUCCUUGUUGUUGCACAGUGGCUUUAUUCAGUUGAAGAAACCCAGAAUCUUCACGUGCAGGUUGAGAGUCUUGUCGCUCGUCUUUCCUCAGUUUGGUGUCCGCGCCGUGGUUGA